AUGUUUUAUUCUGCUUGGGACAAGCAAUUAGGAUCAUCUAUAUUUAUUAUAUUAUUAUUAGUAAUAUCGGCUCAAUCAGAUGUACCUAGGCCGCGCGGAGUUUCUUUAUCAAAAGCUUCUCUUUAUUCGCCGACUAAAGAUUUUACGUGUUUCGAUGGAACCAGCACUAUUCCCUUCAGUUAUGUAAAUGACGAUUAUUGCGACUGCUUCGACGGUAGCGAUGAACCUGGAACUUCAGCGUGCUUAAAUGGAGUUUUUCAUUGCACUAAUGCAGGCCAUCGACCGCAGAACAUUCCAAGCUCCCGAGUCAAUGACGGUGUAUGUGAUUGCUGUGACGGCACUGAUGAAUAUGCAAACCAAGAGGCAUGUCCAGACAUUUGUGAAGAGUUAGGCAAAGAAGCAAGAGUAAAAGCACAACAGUUGGCAGAACUUCACAAAGCUGGUAACUCUAUCCGAUUAGAACUCAUUGAAAAGGGCAACAAAAAACGUAAUGAUAUGGCAGAGCAACUUUCCCAAUUAGAGAAAGAUAAAUUUGAAGCUCAAAAAAUGAAAGAAGAGAAGGAAAGUCUUAAAAAUGAUCUUGAAGCUAAAGAAAAUGAAGCCUUACAAGUUUACAGAGAUGCAGAAGAAAAAGAAAGGCAACAAAAAGCAGAGUUAGAAAAACAACAACAAGAAAAAGAAGCAAAUGAACAGUUCAUCCGAUUUGAUUCUAAUAAUGAUGGUGUGUUAUCAGCUGAUGAAAUUAAAGUGGUCAAUGUGUUUGAUAAGAACAAGGAUGGGGAAGUCGAUGCAGAGGAACUUAAAUAUUUCAUAGGUGAAAAAGAUAGCAUUGACAAAGAGGAAUUCAUUGACAUAACAUACCCAUUGCUAAAGCCAUUGCUCAUGUUAGAACAAGGUAUGUUCCGUCCAGCUGAAAAUGAAGAAGAAGCUGAGGAAUCUGAACAUGAUGAUGAAGAAGAUCCUAAGAUAACAGAUAUGGAAGAUCUAGGAGAAGAUGAAGGCCAUGACGACAUUCCCGAAGAUGAUGAACACCAUGAAGAACAAACUGACGAUACAAAGAAAUAUGAUGAUGAUACUCAAAAACUAAUUGAUGAAGCUACAGAAGCUAGACGUCAAUUAGCCGAAGCUGAACGGGCUGUUAGAGAAAUUGAAUCAAAUAUAAGAUUAUUCCAGCAGAAUCUAGAAAAGGAUUAUGGAUUACAACAAGAAUUUGCCACCCUCGAUGGUGAGUGUAUUGAAUAUGAAGACAAAGAAUAUGUUUACAAGCUGUGUCUAUUCCAGAAAGUUACACAAAAAUCAAAGAACGGCGGCAUGGAAAUAGGACUCGGGGAUUGGGGUGAAUGGGUUGGAGAAGAUGGUAAUAAAUACUCUGUUAUGAAAUACACCAACGGAAUCGCGUGCUGGAAUGGUCCUAAUAGAUUAACAAUAGUCAAUGUGAGCUGCGGCUUGGAAACUAAAAUUACAUCAGUGACGGAACCAUUCCGUUGUGAAUAUAAAAUGAAUUUAAUCACUCCAGCAGCAUGUGACGAUUCAAAUUACACUCAACAGCAGUCAUCACACGAUGAACUGUGA